AGACCGACGCUUCCUGAUAAUUGAUAUAUUUUGUCCUGAAUUAUGACUUUCAGGCAACGUCGCUAGACUUGCUAAGAUGAUUGUUUAAAACUAAAUUUCACUUCGGAUUUAUUAGUGCUUACUAUUGAAGCCAGGGAAUUAUCAUAAAUCUGAAAAUAUUAUUCAUAGAUGUGACAGGAAGUGCAACCUGACAAGAAAAUUCGGGGUUUAAAGCGACUCGUACAACCUUGAUUUAUUUUUUCCCCCACUGCUUUCCGGGGCGAGCCUACCUGUCUUUUAGCUUUUUGGCUACAUUUUCGUCAGACGACACUUGAAGAUUCUUGCAUGGUGAUGCGCUAAGAGAACGAUGGAGACACUGGAACGUCCCACCGAAGGGGAACCGUUGAAGACCGGCGAGGACGGCGUGGAGACGGGACCGACGGAGACGGAACUGAAAAAGGGCUGCAAGGAAGUUCUGGGACUUUCCAAACUUACCCACUGGCGGACGGCGGUCUUCUUUCUGUCGUUGUUCCUCUGCCUCACUGUGGUCUUCGCAUUCUCCUUCAUCAUCCCGUGUCCGGUUAGACCACAGUAUCAGGCUUUCUGGAACAGGAGCUUCCCUGGAGCUGAAACGUAUGACUUUUUGGCAUUUGAAGAUGUCAACAAAGACAAGGUGAAAGACGUCCAAUUCUUGAUAAAAGACAAUGAAGCCAGUCCGAACAAUACAUGUGGAAAUGCAGGUCUGCCGUCGCCAUGCGUGUUCAUGAUCGCGCUAGACGGGACGGAUGGAAAAACCCUGUGGGAGCGUCCGCUGGAGCCAGACUAUCACUGGGCUCAAUGUGGUCUGGAUGCCAACAUGGAACGAAAGUGGGACUGUCUAAUUUUCCAUUUCGACAAACUGUCGGCGCUGGAGAAACAUAACGGCGAAGUCAGGUGGCAGCAAUCCCACCCGUCCGGUCCACACAGCAGCAUUCCGGUGCUUAGUGUUCCGGAUUUGGAUGCGGACAAAGUUGGUGACAUCGCCUUGGUGGCGUCUGAUAACGUCCAGACUCAGCUGGUGUUCCUAUCGGGUAAGACUGGUGUUCAGAUGGGCUCUACGGUUGUGCUAAGCAGCGCCCAAACAGACGCUCAUCUGCUCCACAAGACCGGGGAGGGUUCCUACUAUGUGCUGCUACAAAAUGGCGACGGCUUGUCCGGUUUGGCCCUGUGGAGAAUUGCGGCUAAAGCCAAAGACGGUAUGGAGGCAGGGCUAAAGAAGGAUAAGCAAUUGGAGAGCAGAGCCGCCGACGUGUCCGGAUUGGUGCCGGUUUACACGUCGGGUUCUUUGAGGCACGUGGUGAAAACCAGCAAAAGCGAGUCGUCCGACUUGGUGCUGGUUUCAAGCAGAGAAGUGGCUAAAAUGGACGGAAAGACGCUGCAGCUACUGUGGACGUUCAACACCACCUCAGUUCUCAGGGAGCCUGCUUUUGGUCACUACAACAAAGACGGCGUACUUGAUGUUGUGCUUGAAGAGGACAUGGAUAAUUCCACCAAGAGGGUGUUGAUUCUUGACGGGAAGUCAGGUGACAAGUUGUGGGAAGUGGAACUUCUCUCCAGUGACAACUCGCCUCGCCCCACUUCUGUGCACACCAUCAACUCCAUCUCCAUCUUUGUCUUCUGGGGGCUGCGGCCUUUAAAUUCUUCCGUGUCGUCGUUACCUGGCGAACGUCGGUCUUACAUGCUGCAUCCUCUCUACUCUGAUGUGAUUCUCCAGUGUGAAAACUUCACCGAACACAUUGUUACGUUUAAAGCCACUCUGAUGGAGCGAGGACGCCACGCCGCCUUCAUCCUGCUGACGGGUCCCAGCGGCGAGGACACGCAAGACGAGGUUACACUGACCAAGUGGAAGCUGAAGCACGACGUACCUCAGAGCACGGUGCUCCCGGUUGGCGACGAGCCAUCCGAAACGGACGACGACAAUAUCAAAGAGGCCUUCAACAGGCUGCGCUUUAGCGACGAUUGACGGAACCUCCCAGAGGACAUCAAUUCGGACUCUGUCAAUGUCAAGUGUCAGACAGGGCAUUUGCAUGGACCACUUGAUGCCCCCCCCCCCCCACCCCCCGGUUCCCCCCUCCAAAAUCCAAAAAUUCUAAAAAAUUUUUCAAUUUUGAAAAAAUGGAUGCGCUAAUACCGUUAUUUGGCUUCUUGAUAGUGUUUGUCCACAACUGCUGAGAAAUCCACCAAAACUUGCUGUAUUUUUACUUCUUGCACUUUUUCCACAACAAUGCAAUUGUUUUUCAUUUACCAAAAAAAACUUGGUUAUUAGUGUAGAUCUAUGCAAUUGUUUGUCACACUUGUGCUUUAAUUAAAGGUUAGUGGGGGUAAUUGCUGUAUAUUUCAUACUAAAUAGCCUUAAACAUUUCAACUUGAACUACCCCGCCAAUUAUGUUUGAACUGUGGUUUUAUUUUCAAGGCUGUCAAGGUGUGUUCUUGCUGUGCGGUUGUAGCGUAUCAAUCUGAAUUGCAUCUUUUUUUGUAUAUUAAUAUAUUGACAAUAUGUUGCUUUGACGGCGAGCUGGGAUUUCUCCUUGAGUUUCAAUUUGUUUGAUAUUAAAUUCAUUUUUAAACAUCCUC